AGAGGGGGGAGCGGUCUCCAUUCAUAAUCCAGGAACUUGGCCACGAGGAGGAAGAGAGAACAAAGAGGCCCUUGAGAGCUGCUCCCUACAAAACGUGUCUCGUGGCGAAAGGUGUGGGAGUCCCAGAGGUGGCCUAGUUUACUCCUCCCUCUCGGGCAGCACCAUGGCCUCAGAGGCACCGUCCGGAUUGUCUCUUCUCUGGGAUAGAGUGGAAAGAGCAGCCGGGCAGCCCCGUCAGGAUCUGUUGCCCUUCCAGGGUCUGGUGACCUUUGAAGAGGUGGCCGUGUAUUUCACAGAGGAGGAAUGGGCCCUGCUGGAUCCUGGCCAAAGAGCUCUGCACAGGGAAGUCAUGGAGGAGAAUUAUGAGAUGGUGGCCUCUCUCGCAGGUGAUGGACAGAAGAAUGACAAUUAUGGAGAACCGCUGAUGGUGCCACUGGAAAUAGCCAAGAGUGAGGGUCAAAAGGAGAUCUUUGGAAAUCACAGGAGACCAAAAACGUCUGAAAGAAAUCAGUCAAAGAAUGGGAGCAAGAAAGCCUCUACUUCUCAUACUUUUCAUCAAAGAACACACACCGGAAAAAAACCAUUUAAAUGCAUGGAGUGUGGGAAGAGCUUCACUCGGAAUUAUCACUUUACUUUACAUCUCAGAACCCACACAGGGGAGAAACUCUUUAAAUGCAGGGAGUGUGGAAAGUGCUUCAGUAGGAAAGAUUGCUGUACUUUACAUGAAAGGAAGCACACAGGUGAGAAACUCUUUAAAUGCAGGGAGUGUGGAAAGAGCUUCAGUGUAAAGAAUAACCUUACUUCACAUCAAAGAAGCCACAUAGGGGAGAAACUAUUUAAAUGUGUGGAGUGUGGAAAGAGCUUCAAUCGGAGCAGUAAACUUACUUUACAUCACAGAACACACACAGGGGAGAAACCGUUUAAAUGUGUGGAGUGUGGAAAGAGCUUCAGUCAGAGGUGUAAACUUAAUUUACAUCACAGAAUCCAUACAGGGGUGAAACCAUUUAAAUGCAUGGAGUGUGGAAAGAGCUUCAGUGUAAAGAAUAACCUUACUUCGCACCAAAGAACCCACACAGGGGAGAAGCCAUUUAAAUGUGUGGAGUGUGGCAAGAGCUUCAGUCAGAACAGUAAACUUACUUUACAUCACAGAACACACACAGGGGAGAAACCGUUUAAAUGUGUGGAGUGUGGAAAGAGUUUCAGUCAGAGCUGUAAACUUAAUUUACAUCACAGAAUCCAUACAGGGGAGAAACCAUUUAAAUGCAUGGAGUGUGGAAAGAGCUUCAGUCGGAGCAGUAAACUUACUUUACAUCACAGAAUCCAUACAGGGGAGAAACCGUUUAAAUGCAGGGAGUGUGGAAAGUGCUUUCGUCAGAAUGGUCACCUUACAUUACAUCAAAGAACGCACACGGAGAAACCAUUUAAAUGCAGUGAGUGUGGCAAGAGCUUCAGUCAGAGCAGUAAACUUACUUUACAUCACAGGAUACACACAGGGGAGAAACCAUUUAAAUGCAUGGAGUGUGGCAAGAGCUUCAGUCAGAACAGUAAACUUACUUUACAUCACCGAACACACACAGGUGAGAAACCGUUUAAAUGCAUGGAGUGUGGCAAGAGUUUCAGUCAGAGCAGUAAACUUACUUUACAUCAGAGAAAACACACAGGCGAGAAACCAUUUAAAUGCAGGGAGUGUGGCAAGUGCUUCAGUCAGAAUUGUAACCUUACUACACAUGAACGAACCCACACAGGGGAGAAACCAUUUAAAUGCAUGGAGUGUAGCAAGAGCUUCAGUCAGAGCAGUAAACUUAAAUUACAUCAGAGAAAACACACAGGGGAGAAACUAUUUAAAUGCAAGGAGUGUGGCAAGUGCUUUCAUCAGAAUGGUCACCUUACAUUACAUCAAAGAACGCACACAGAGAAACCAUUUAAAUGCAUGGAGUGUGGCAAGAGCUUCAGUCAGAGCAGUAAACUUACUUUACAUCACCGAACACACACAGGGGAGAAACCAUUUAAAUGCAGGGAGUGUGGCAAGAGCUUCAGUCAGAGCAGUAAACUUACAUUACAUCAGAGAAAACACACAGGGGAGAAACCAUUUAAAUGCAUGGAGUGUGGCAAGUGCUUCAGUCAGAAUUGUAACCUUACUACACAUGAACGAACCCACACAGGGGAGAAACCAUUUAAAUGCAUGGAGUGUGGCAAGAGCUUCAGUCAGAGCAGUAAACUUAGUUUACAUCAGAGAAAACACACAGGGGAGAAACUGUUUAAAUGCAGGGAGUGUGGCAAGUGCUUCAGUCAGAAUUGUAACCUUACUACACAUGAACGAACCCACACAGGGGAGAAACCAUUUAAAUGCAGGGAGUGUGGCAAGAGCUUCAGUCAGAGCAGUAAACUUAAAUUACAUCACAGAAAACACACAGGGGAGAAACCAUUUAAAUGCAGGGAGUGUGGCAAGUGCUUCAGUCAGAAUAGUCACCUUACAGUACAUGAAAGAACCCACACAGGGGAGAAACCAUUUAAAUGCAGUGAGUGUGGAAGGAGCUUCAGCUGGCUUCUUAUUUCACAUCAGAGAAUUCACACAGGAGAAAAACCAUAUAGAUGUGUGGAAUGUGGAAAGAGCUUUAGCCAUAGCUCUAGCCUUACUUCACAUCAAAGACUUCACACAGGGGUGAAACCAUAUACCUGCUUUGAGUGUGGAAAGAGUUUCAGGCUUAGCUCAGAACUUAGUUCACAUAGCAGAAUCCACACAGGAGAGAAACCAUAUAAAUGUUUGGAAUGUGGAAGGACGUUCGCCCACAGCGCGUCCCUUACUUCACAUAAGAGAACUCACACAGGGGAGAAACCAUAUAAAUGCUUAGAAUGUGGAAAGAGCUUCAGUCAGAGUUCACAUCUUUCUUCCCAUCAGAGGACUCACACUGGCAAGAAACCAUAUAAAUGCUGGGAGUGUGGAAAGAGCUUCAGUCAGAGUUCACACCUUACAGUGCAUCAGCGGAUCCACACAGGAGAGAAACCAUAUAAAUGCACGACAUGUGGGAAGAGCUUCAGUAAUAAGACAUACCUUACUUGUCAUCACAGAAUCCACACAGGGGAGAAGCCGUAUAAGUGCUUUGAGUGUGGAAAGAGCUUCAAUCAGAGUACAAGCCUUAGUACGCAUCAAAAGAUGCACAGAGGAGAAAAGAAUACGUGCUUUGAAUGUGGAAAAAGCUUCAAUUGUAGCUCAAGUCUUACUUCUCAUCAGAAAAUCCACACAGGAGAGAAACCAUAUAACUGCUUUGAGUGUGGAAAGAGUUUCAGGCAUAGCUCAGAACUUAGUUCACAUAGCAGAAUCCACACAGGAGAGAAACCAUAUAAAUGUUUGGAAUGUGGAAGGACGUUCGCCCACAGCUCAUCCCUUACUUCACAUAAGAGAACUCACACGGGAGAAACCAUAUAAAUGCUUAGAAUGUGGAAAGAGCUUUAGGUGGAGUACACACUUUACUUCUCAUCAGAAAAUCCACACCGGAAACCAUAUAAGUGCUUGUAGUGUGGGAAGAGCUUUCGAUGGAAAACAUACUUCAUCUCACAUCAAAGAAUCCAUAUGGAGGAGCCACUAUAAAAAUAUCACACUAGAUUAUAAGUAUCCAUAUCUCUUGCAGAACUAGAGGUUCCCAACCACUGCUGGAGAAACACCGUAACUCAAUGUAACCUGUUGAAAAUGGUUGGCAAGCUUUGAAUACAGACAAAAAGGAGGACUAAUAUUUUCACAUUCCGUAUAUGUAAUGUUUUUGAAUGUGGUUAGCAAUAAUGCAUUUAUUUUGCUUUCUCCUUGGAAGUAAUAGAUGGAUUAAGCGAGAGGAGAAUUUCUUUAUGCAUUACAAAGGGGAUCACUGGAAUAAUGCAGUUCUCUGCUUUGCAAAUUCAACAAGGCUAAUAAUUCUGAGCUUUUGAAACAUUAAGAUGUUCAAGGGCUUCUAAACAUGAGUGCUUUCUUUGCUCAGCAGAGGGAUCCAUAGGUAAACUCUUAGAAUACCUCCUUCUGUUUAAAGGGUGCCCUUUGAACCAUACACAUCUUCAGGAUAAAACUUGGGUAGGACAUUACAGUGAAGUGUCUGCUUUGUGUUACAUGUUUCAGUGGAAUGGUGGGAUAUAUACAUAUAUAACAUUGUAUAUUGUUUCUCAACUUCUGGAGGUGGAGGCCAGACAUCUUGACUUGGAUUCCAACCUAUUAUUAGUUGCAGGCAGAAGUAAGGGCAGCUAGUUAAGAUUAGCAUCACCGGAGUGUGUUUACCAGCUCAAGUGUGUCUUCAUACAAUGAGCAAAAGUGUGGGGAUCCGUGGUCGAAUUGGAUGAUCUCGAAGGAGGGGGGAAAUCAAGUUCCACAGAUGUUUUCAAUUUGCUAAUUUUAACAAGCUUCGAGACGUACAAACGUGUCAUGACAUCCUUCAAGGACCAAAUAUGAAAGCGCAGACGGAAGAGGGCCAUCUCUGCUUUAGGGUCACGGCAGAAUCAAAUCAACAGAUGUUUCUGUUUUGCGAACUGGAUUUGGUGUUCAUCCCAAAGUGAAGGAGAUGUACUUUUUAACAGUUGUGUUUUUUUAAAUUAGAUUUUAAAUAUACAGAAAGACAAAAGAUACAAAAGCCACUACAAUAAACAGAAAGAAAGAAACGUACAAUCAGCGAUUGUGUUCCAGUGUAUAUGGGGAGGGGGUCAUGGGACUGGAAAGGCUUUGAGGCAAAGGGCUGGUCCCUCCGGGCAGAAGGACAUGCAGCUCAGUCUGCACAGAAA